AUAAAAAUAAAAUCAGCAUGACAUGUGUCCCUCCUGACAACAAAAAUUACACAAAUUUUGUGAAGCAGAAUUUAAUUCAAAACAAAGUAAAACGUGCCAAAUCCAUCUCCACCAUCUAUAUAGCCGACGGUCUCAAAUCACCGUCGACAACCACCGCUUCCGCCGCCAUUUCCACGGUUUCGCCGCCGCAGGACGUCCAUUUCCAAAAGCCAUUAAAUAUGUCCACCCUCUACAAUCCUCUAAUUUUCACCAUUAAAAACCCAAAAAUCACCCUUAAACCUCACACUUCUCUUCCUUCUUCAGUUCCGACUUCUAGGCUUCGAAAAUUUCCCGAUUUCUCAGUUCAAUCCUCCAUUUCCUCAUCCAAUGACCCGGAAAAACCGACCUUUAUUACACCGGACAAUGAUAAAGCUGACGAUAAAACGGUGGAGUUCGUGGAUGAAUGGGGAGAGAAGUCGGAGCCGGAACCCGGACCGGUUACGAAGUUAGCGGAUUCGGAUCCUCCGAAGUAUGAGGAUGAGUGGGGUAAUGGAAGUCCCGGAGUUGACGGGAGUGUUGGAGAGGACGAGAAGCUUCUAGAGCUGAAAAGGUGCUUGGUGGAUACAGUUUAUGGGACGGAUUUCGGAUUUCGGGCUUCAUCGGAGAUUCGGGCCGAGGCAUUGGAGUUCGUUUCUCAGUUGGAGGCAGCCAAUCCUACUCCAGCACCAACUGAGUCUCCUGAGUUGCUUGAUGGGAACUGGAUUUUAGUGUUCACUGCAUUUUCUGAGUUGUUACCUCUUCUUGCUGUGGGCAACAUUCCUCUGUUGAAGGUAGAAAAGAUUAGCCAAGACGUAAAUACAAACAGCUUGACUAUAGAGAAUGCGACUACAUUAUCAAGCCCUGUAGCCACCUUGUCCUUUAGUGCUACUGCCACUUUUGAAGUUCGAAGCCCCUCUAGAAUACAGGUUGAAUUUAAGGAAGGGAAUUUUAAGCCUCCAGAAAUAAAAUCAAACAUAGAUCUGCCGGAAACUGUGGAUUUGUUUGGGCAAAAGAUAAGUCUCUCUCCAGUACAGCAAUCUCUAGGUCCUCUAGAAAACGCUGUGGCAGGUAUAGCACGAACUAUUUCUGGUCAGCCUCCUCUCAAGAUCCCAAUUCCAGGUGAAAGGACAAAAUCUUGGCUUCUCACAACCUACCUUGAUAAGGAUAUGCGGAUCUCCAGAGGCGAUGGUGGGCUUUUUGUGCUUGUGAAGGAAGGGAGUUCUCUUCUAUAUUAGUAGAGGUAUCCAUCAUCCUAUAUUGUGAUUUACAGAUGCCUUAGGAACAGCGAUGGUAUCUACUGCUCUGUCAAUUUAUUGCGGAAUGUAGAAUUUAACACUCCUUAGCUGUAAAUUGGGACACUCUUUUAGGACUUGAGUACUUGCACUGAAUUAUCUCAGGAUCAAGCUGUGAGAUUAGUCCUAGUAGAAGUGUCUCUGCUCAAAUAAAAUGUGAAAUAGCUUUGCAUUUUCCUAUGUAGUAAGAUGACGAUUUCUUGUUAUGAGUAUUUAAUCAUAUGGAGGUCAA